AUGGAAACAGAGGAAAGAAAUGGCAUCAUUGACUACAAUGUGCCACCUCCGCAACCUGUGGGCAUCUACGGCUGGAGGAAGCGAUGCCUCUAUGCCUUUCUCUUGUCUCUCAUGGUUGUAGUGGUCAUUAACCUAGCUUUGACGGUGUGGAUUCUUCGCGUGCUGGACUUUUCUUUGGAUGGGAUGGGCCGGCUGAAGAUCACCCCGAAAGGGUUCCGUUUGCAGGGAGAGGCAGAGUUUUUGAAGCCCGUCUAUGUGGACCGGCUCAAAUCCGAAGAGGGCAAAGACUUAUACAUUCAGUCCAGCAAAGCAGUAAAGCUUCUGGCUGUUGACCACAACAAGAGAAUUACCAGUAAGGUGGUCAUUGGACAGAACAAUAUAACGGCAAAGUGUGAUGAGUUUGUGGUAGAAGACUCACGGGGAAAUAGAAAUUUACUCAUCUCUAAAAACAAGGUCACCCUGGGGACUGGAGAUGUAUCAUUUCCUGGGGAGAUAACAUUGGAUGGUUCUAUCCGCACACCAAACAUCAUUAGUCCAGAGAAAAAGCCACUGGAAAUUCGUUCAGACACAAGCAAAAUUCAAAUUAGUGGUACAGCUGGUGUCAGCGUCAACGCCCAAGCUGGCAACACCACAAUUAGGGCCACAGACAACAUCAUGAUUGUCUCCACCGCAGGCUCAAUUCAAAUCAACAGUCCUAAUAUCCUCUUGCAAGGACUACCCAGGGCUGAUCCGUCCUUACUGUCCUACUCAGCAAUGCCAUCAACGUCAUCAUCAUCAUCAUUGCCAGUUUACCAGCUUUGUGUCUGUGAAAAUGGUCGAGUGUUUCUUGGACUGCCCAUGGGAGAUUGCCGGAGCUCGUCCCAGCUGUGCUCCAGCUCACAUCCCUGA